CACACUUUGCCAUCUUCCGUUCGUGGCUCUCUCUCUAGAUUCGCCAGGUGGAUGGCGACGAAGGAAGAAUAGCCAGGGACCAAGGACGAAGGCCUGCAGCUGACUUACUUUAGAACCUCUUUGGUCUCUUGAUCUUGAACUCUUUUGCAUUUCCCUCUUCUACAGCCGCCCGUUGCAAAUCAACACGCGCUGUCUCUUACUCCGUUUUUAUUUUUCAUUUCUCCUAUAUCCUGCCGCCGGGCUGGGUCUGCCUCCAUCUCAUUUCUCUAGUCAUCGUUGCGGGCGAUGAAACAGUCCUUGACCAUCUCAGUCCCCGCUCCACAGCUACCGCUUUUGUCUUGAGUACACACACAUACACACCCUACACCCUCUUCGUACUUUGUCCUGACUCCUGCAUCGCCGCUCGUCCUACUCCGUUUCUUACCCUGAGGUGACAUCUUGAUCCCGGUUACACUCCCUUUCCGAUCCACAGGCGCCCGCCCAGAGGGGAACGAGGCCAGAGGGACCCAAAGAGGAGGUUGUGUGUGUUUGAGGAAGAAACAAUCGAGGCGCCUCGCAAAACCUGCGGCUCUGUGUUUUGUGGCUAGUCGCGGCCAUUGAUACGUCAAGCUACAAUGACCAGCCUCACCCGCAUUGCCAUAUCUCGCAGCCAGAUCGCUGUCUGGUGUCUCUUGCACGACUCUUGACGGCUCCUCGCACACCUAUCAGCUCCCAGAAUUGCUAUGUUGUGUCUAAUCACCACGGCUACCUCUGUCCACACUCAUCUGCUUCUUCCCAUAGAUUGGUCCGACCUCAGUGCACCGUCCGAUCUGGACGUCCAUGUCCGCACCUCACUCGGUAUCUGACACGGCCUUGGGUUUAACUCAAUCUGAAAUUGUUCUGCUCCGUCAUCAUUAUCAGGUCGUCACCCAGAACCCACCCUCGGGCGGCGCAAUGGCCGAUCGAGGCCGAGGCACGAGCAGGCAGUCCCAACCCAGUUCUCGUGCAGUCAGUGCGGCGAGUAGUCAGAGUGUGCCAGGGAGGAUUGUUCUGGAUCACGACACUCUCAACAAUCUAUACAUACACCUUGAGAGAGUGAUGCGUGCUAUCCAACAGCACAUCGAGCGACUUGAGGAAGCCACCGCACAAUCGAUUGCCGCUUCGAGAAAUCGAUCAAAUGGUCUCGUCUCAAACGUCAAUUCGAAUAUGGCCAAAAUGCAGAGAAUAAUAGCCGAGAUCGAUCGUUGCGAAGCAGAAUUCGAGAGGAUGAAACGAAUACGGGAUCGAGUCAAGCAGUUGAGGACGCAAGUCGACGAAAUGGACGCCCGAAUCGAUCGCAGUCGCGCUACUGGCCAUAUCACGGCUGGAACUCGCGCCCGGCGCUGAUAUUUUGUCCAAAUGGGACAGAAGAUGACGAGGAUGUAUAAACACCUCCCGGUUUCAACCCAUCCCUACCCAUCAUUCCGCAAGCGUGACCUGUGGCAGCUUUAUGGUGCUCAGGUCGGCGCUUCCGGUUGUCUUGCAAGUCUAUUUUCGCGGCGAACUACAGAGUCGGAAGCCUCACGGCUGGUGAUUGAUUGACGAGACACGUCUGAUGAUUGUACGACUAUUCCUAGCAAAUCAUGUCUGGAGCUAUCGCUCGCAACCUUGGUGGAAUCGCUUUUGACUUCGGCGUUGGAUGGCGCUAUGAACUAUUGUCUUCAUGGCUAAGCAUCUAUGUUGAGCUGUGCUGCUUUGUUGGUGAACAUGUGCUUAGAAGUGUUCAGGCUCACGCCACAAAACAGAGACCCUGACGGCCGGGAAAUAUUGAGAUCUGGUGUACUAUUUUUUCAAAAGGCUGAAUUCAUCUCUCCUUGGAAUAUGAUCUAUUACUUAU